UAUAAAUAUAUGAUUGGAUUUUACAAGUCAUUAAUAAAAACCAUUCCUAGAUUCAACAUAGUCUAUGGUUAUGUACCAAAAAGGUCUCCUUUUGAUAAAACUCAUUACAUUGAUAAUUACAUACCAAGAUAAAUACCUUAUCCAAAAUCAAGAAGACCUAGAUUAUCAUAAUGGGAUGAUGAAUAAACAGUUUGGCCAGUUAUUCCACCAUCACCUAUUCUUCCAAGAAAAAAAUUAUUAUAAUAAUUAGAAUAAGAAGAAUAUGAAAGACUAUAAAUAAUUAAAGUAAAUGCAUUUAAUAAUUAAAGCCUAUGACAUUCCCUGAUUUCAGAGUUGGUGAUGUAAUUUAAGUUAAAUGGAUUCAUAAUAUGAGUGAACCUACUAUGAAUACUUAUUAAGGUUUAUGUGUUGGAAAAAGAAGAUCAAAUUCAUUAGAUGCUUCAUUCAAAUUCAUUUUUAGAUAUUGUGGUGUAGAUGUUUUCAUGAAUGUCAAAUAAAAUUCACCUUAUCUUAAAGAAGUGAGUAUUCUAAAAAAGGGAUCAGGUAAUAUAAGAAAUAAAGUUGCUUUGUUUACUAAGAGAAUAGCUAAACAAUAAUUUAUUACUCCAAUAUUAAAAAAAGGAAAACCUGUCAGAAGAAAGGAUGAUCCAAUCCGUAAGAGAAGUUCAAGGUCAAGAACUUCCUUGUCUAUGCUUAAAUCAAUUGUUGAUCCAUUAUUGGUAGAAAAACCAGUUGAAAAGAAAAAAGUACAUAAAAAGAAAUAAUAAUAAUCAGAAACUAUUGUAGAGCCAAAUGAAAAUAAUAAUAAAUAAUCAUGAGUCUUUAAGUUUACGUAUAAAUAUAAUAAG